AAUUUACCGAAAUUCCCUUCUUCUUCUUCCUCUCUUCCUCUUCUUCUUCACCCUUUCAAACACUACCACUUUUUUCUUUUUAUCAACCUAUCAAUUAACUUUUUUUCAUCAACAAAUCUACCCUUGUUGCUAAUUUUACCAUAAUUGUUUGUAAGGAGUGGAAAUGGGACUCUUCUCAAGGUUUAGAUCCAGUCAUUCUCGUGAUCUGAGCGUCAAGCUGGCGCUGAAGGACCACAUGAGAACUGACUCAUUCAAUGGAAGUGUCUUUCUGUCUGCUACAUCAGACUCAUCAUCAACAUCAGCCGAGUCCAUGGCAUACAACAAGCAUAAUCAACUCAAGCCCAAGAGAAGUGCCGGCCUACUUUCAAAGAGUAACGCCAAUUCAGCCGCUUCCAGUGCUUGGAAAUCGAGACCUAAAAGUGUGUUCGCGGGACCUUCCGACAAGACUGCAAAGCCUAGACCACUUUCUUCCAUCAAUCUCGAUACUGCUAGUUCGCAUCAACUGUCCCUGCGUCUGGCCCUGCCUCGUCGAACAAGAGAUUCUACUUUGCUCACCGCUCGUAAGCCACCACCAGCAGACAACAUUGAGCCUUUACCACCACAUCAACUGUUGGAUCCAAAGGCCAGAUCACGAUCCAGAUCGCCUGGUAGAACCUUGGAAUUUGAAACACCACAAAAACAAAUUAUCGCCCAAACAAUAGAUGUGCCGGCUGGCAAUAAUAUUCCAAGAAAAAGUUCGCCAUUGGCAAAAGUAGUAUACUCACCAUCCCCAGUUAUACCACCACCUGUAGUAUCACAAAAGGAAGGUCUGUUAUCACCUAUGAGUCCAGGACAACCAAUUGGCGGUGGCGUGAAUGACUCGCAAUUACUGCUCAUGCUUCUGCCAGUGUCAGAAUCAGUCACAUCCAUGAGUGAUCCGCCACUUGGCAAUAACAAUCAAUUCAACUUCAAUCAACCAGCUUAUGUAUAUCAUAAACCACUGACUACCACUCAAGAUAGUUAUGAAGCUGAUGAAGAAAGAGCCAGUUCAACUUCCACUGUUCCCCCAACUCAACAUCCAUACUACGAACAAUGGAAGCAAUAUUACGAGCAAUUAACAUUACAUCAACAACAAUAUAUGAAUAGUAAUCCGUCAUUACAAGGCAACGCCUCUCCUCAAGAUGCAAAUUUUAAUCCCAUGAUGUUUAUGAAUCCAAUGAAUAUGCCACCAUAUUUCUAUAAUCCAUUCAUGCAAAUGCAGCCUCCACCAUCUCCAACCGCUAGUAACAAUGCAUCGUUCCCACAGUUGCCUUUGAAUUAUCUGAAUUCGCAUUUAUUUGAUCCAUACAUGUUACAAAUGCAACAACAGCAACAGCAACAGCAACAGCAACAGCAACAGCAACAGCAACAACAUCAUCAUCAUUAUCAACAGAAGCCUGGUAUGCCAGGCAGAUCUAGUUCUGCAGGUAAUCUUGUAUUAGAACACGAUGACAACACUGAAGCUCAACAUGAUUAUUUAAGUCAAUAUAAGAAAACCAGAAAUAUGAAGAAUGAAUUGAUUUCUGAAGAUAACAGUUUAGUAUCCAAUUCCAGAAAAUCAACCCUUAAGUCAAACAGAUAUCCAUCUGCGCCAUUCCAAUCUAGGAAUGUUGUUAGUGAAUCAAGAGGAAGAGUAGCCUCCGUAGAUACUAAUUUCAAACUAAAUGAAUUCCAUAUUUAUGAAGAAGAUGAAGAAGAUUCCAAGAAUACUACUGAAGCUAGUAUUCCUGCUGCCAACACCAAGUCAAGUCCAUUAAAGAGUGUGGAAGACAGAAGAAGAGAUCUUUCUAGACAUAUUUCUGACUAUAAUAAGUUCUUAUUUGGAAAUGAAGAAGACGAGGAAAAUGAUAGCGAAGAAGAGGAAGCUGAACCAAAGAAAGAUAUGGAAAAGGUCACUUCGGUUGAUCAUCAAUUGCCAACUCCAACUUCUGAAGAUGGAUUAAGCAGAAACGACUCUGAAUCCUCGGCCACUUCCUCUUGUGAUUCUAUUCAAGAUUCUAUUCAAAGCAAUGGAUCUAAAAAAUUUAUUGUUGGUGAUUUGAAAUCCAAGAAAUCCGCUACUUCAGUUAUUCCACGUGAAACGAGUGCUUCUCCUGACGGUAAGAGCAAGAAGAAGGUAUCGCCAGUUUCAACCCAACUGUUCCCACUUCAAAACUCGUCAUCCAGAUCAGAUUUAAACUCGGGUGCACCUUCACCACGUCCACUUUCCAUGAUGCCCUCGAGAUCUGACUUGACUGGAACUGUCACUCCUACACCACGUCCACUUUCUAUGAUGCCACAAAUUUCAAGAUCAAUGGAACCAAUGUAUAAUUCACCAUAUUCGAACCCUGUACUUACUCAAAACACCGAGUAUAGUGGCAGUUCAGUCAGCUUGGGCCACAACAGAAGACAAAGUAUCGCUACUGCUGAAGCCAAGAGAAGAUCAAUGGCCUUCAAUCCAAACAUGUUUAGAGAUCCAAACAUGGGUGGUAACAAGAGAAACAGUGUAGCUGUGUUUGGAUCUUAUAGUCCACCACAUCAACAGCAACAACAUCAUCAAUUACAAGCUCCAGCAAAAAUCAAUGAUGUCACCAUCAGCAAAAAGAUUGAACAAUUCAUCAAAUUAAGAAAGAAGAUCGCUUCAGGACAAAAAUCGCUUGAAUAUAGAUUGUAUUGGGUUAAAAUGUUGAUUGAUGCUACUAAUUUCAAAUUAUAUGCAUAUAUUAAUAUUAAGGGAGACCCAGUUUCUCCUGAACAAAUCCCAAAUAACAAGCUUUUGUUUAUGAAAUCUUCUGAAACUCAUUUGAAUAAAUUGAUGAAGGAAUUAGAAGCUGAUGUGAUUGAAAGAGAAGGAAUCAAGUCUGAGGUAUAUUACAUCUACGGUUCAUUAUUCAAGCAAGAUUAUCUCAACUUGUACAAUCAAGAUUUUGGCAUUGAGAAGGAUGUUGAAAGUGCCAUUAUGUAUUUUGAAAAAGUGUUGGAAAUUAACCCCAAGGAUUUCCGUGCAUUAUAUAAAUUGGGUGAAAUUUAUGAAUUUGACCUUGAAAAUGAGUUUGACCGUGGUGUGCAAUAUUAUACCGAAGCCGCUAAGCUUGGAUAUAAUCGUGCCAUUUUCAAAAUGUCCAUGCUUUAUUUACAUAUCCCUCAACUCAGAUCGGUUAAGUACUUGAAGUAUUUGCACAAUUUAGCCAAUAUUGAAUUACGUGAUGUUCGUUUGGAUGAAGAAGAUCUUGAUGAGAUGGAAGAAAUAAUUGGGUUGGCCAGUUAUGAAUUGGGGAGAAUUUACGAAGGGAUAUAUCCUGGUGAUUUAUCCAUGGAUGAUGACUUUAUUAAGGAUUCAGUUGAAUUAGCCCCAGUUAAUUAUGCCAAGAGUUUGACUUAUUAUAACAAAUCAGCCAGAUUGAACUGCUUAUUGGCCCAAGUUAGAUUAGGUAUAGUUUAUGAAAAGGGAGAAUUAAAUCGUCAGCAGAAUCCAAACAAGUCAAUUCAGUGGUUCAUUAAAGCUUCUUCGUCGCCAUUGUCAUUCAGAAGACAUCCAGAAGCAAUGGUUGGAUUAGCAAGAUGGUAUUUACGUGGUACUGAUGGUCUGAGUAAAUACGUACCAAUUGCAUCUCCCGAAAAAGCAGUUAUGUGGUGCGAUCGGGCAAUCAAAGAGUUCAAUUCUCCUGAUGCGUUGUUCAUGAUGGGAGAAUUGUCAGAAAGAAGAUACACUAAUUCUAAUCCACAAUUGUGGUAUAAAAAGGCAUACGAGUUAGGGUCAGAAGCAGCUGGAGAAAAGUUGGGUUAUGUUUAAAGGUAAAGGAUACAAUAAAUAUUACAAAAAGAGUUUACAGAUAUAGUAAAAGAAAAAGAGGAAAAGACCAAAAAAAAGAAUCUCAUACACAUGAAGCAUCACUCCCAUAUAAAGCGCAUAGUUCAGGAUAAGACAUUUCUUCAACCACAACCACAACCACCACAACCACAACCACAACCACAACCACAACCACAACCACAACCACAACCACAUCCACAUCCACAUCCGCAACCACAACCAACGGGUCACGGUUUUCAAGUUUUUUUAGAAGGUUAAUUAUUCGAGCAUUGCCUGUUCAAUUGCUUAGUCAUUAUAGUUAGUUUAGUUUGUUUGAUUUUGUUGCGAUAAGGUUGUGUUUGCCUACAUUUUUAUUCAUUAUUUAUUUAUAAAUAGUUUUACAUCGUUAUUUAGUUUUAAUUUUAAUAAAUUGCAAUUGUUUAAACUAGU